GUUUCACAGAAUCUGACCUUAAGAUUUUUCAAGGCUACACAUUGGUGGUUAAUUCAAAGUUUCUCACAAAAUGUAUGGAAAUGAAGGGAUGGAAAAACUUAUUCCGCUUGUUAAUAAGCUUCAGGAUGCAUUUGCAUCACUCAACCUUCCACUAAAUCUUGAUUUACCUCAGAUCGCAGUUGUUGGAAGCCAAAGUGCUGGUAAAAGCUCAGUAUUGGAAAAUUUUGUGGGACGUGAUUUUCUUCCUCGAGGAAGCGGUAUAGUCACAAGAAGGCCGCUCAUUUUGCAGCUCGUUCAUGACAAGUCAGUUGAGUAUGGGGAGUUUAUUCACUGUAAAAACAAAAAGUUCACAGAUUUUGAUGACAUCCGGCGAGAAAUCGAACAGGAAACAGACAGAGUUACUGGCUCUAAUAAAGGCAUCUCAAACAUUCCGAUCAACCUCAGGAUUCAUUCUCCUAUCGUUCUUAAUCUUACACUUAUCGACCUUCCUGGAAUGACGAAGGUUCCUGUAGGUGAUCAGCCGCCGGAUAUUGAAGCUCAAAUUCGUAACAUGAUAAUUGAAUUUAUCGAGAGAGAUUCUUGUCUUAUUUUGGCUGUCAGUCCUGCUAAUUCAGAUCUUGCUAACUCUGAUGCUUUAAAACUUGCUAAAGAAUAUGAUCCACAGGGUCUGCGAACUAUCGGCGUAAUAACAAAGUUGGAUCUCAUGGAUGAGGGCACGGAUGCACGGGAAAUUCUUGAAAAUAGACUACUCCCAUUACGAAGAGGUUAUGUAGGUGUAGUCAACAGAAGCCAGCGAGACAUAGAUGGGCGCAAAAAUAUCAGUGCUGCCUUGGAGGCUGAACGCAGAUUUUUCCUUUCACAUCCUAGUUAUCGUCAUAUGGCCGAUCGUAUGGGAACUCCUUAUCUUCAACGAAUACUGAAUCAGCAACUGACAAAUCAUAUUCGCGAAACUCUGCCGCAUCUACGUAAUCGCCUACAGACCCAAUUAAUUAGUUUGGAAAAAGAUGUUUCCGACUUUCGUAAUUAUCAUCCAGACGACCCAGCUUAUAAAACAAAAGCAUUGCUACAGAUGGUUCAAUCAUUUGAAGCAGAAUUCUCCCAAAAUAUUAGUGGACAUGUAGCUGAUGUUGAUACACAAACACUAUCUGGAGGCGCUGAGAUUAAUCGCGUGUUUCAUGAACGUUUUAGAUAUGAUUUACUCAAGAUUGAAUUCGACGAAAAAACUCUGCGAAAAGAAAUUGCUGUUGCUAUUCAGAAUAUUCAUGGUGUCAGGCCUGGAUUAUUCACACCUGAUAUGGCAUUCGAUGCUACAGUUAGAAAACAAAUCGAAAAGCUUCGUAUCCCAUCAUUAAAAUGUGUUGACAUGGUUGUAUCUAAAUUGACCGAUGUUUUACAACAAUGCAGUGAUAAGGUAGGACGAUUUCCGCGACUUCGUGAAGAAAUUGAACGUAUUGUCAAUAUGCGGGUUCGUGAAUUAGAAGUAGCCACUAAACAACAAAUUAAAACAUUGAUCGAUUUUCAAUUAGCUUAUAUGAAUACAAAUCAUGAAGAUUUUAUUGGCUUUCAAAAUGCUGAACAACGAGUAAAUGAUAAUUCGAAAAGUAAACUUGGCAAUCAAGUAAUCUGUAAAGGAUGGCUUAGUUUGAUCAAUCCAAGUCUAUUACGUGGUGGCAGUCGUUAUUGUUGGUUUGUAUUAACAGCAGAUACAUUGACUUGGUACAAAGAUGAUGAAGAACGUGAGAAACGCUAUGUUCUUCCUUUGGAUGGAUUAAAACAACGUAGCGGUGAUACAGGAUUCUUUUCAAAACGACCAACUUUUGUUCUCUAUCAUCCAGACCCUAAAACUAAUGUAUACAAAGAUCAUAAAACUUUAGAUUUAUCUGCAGAUUCAGAAGAAGCCGUUGAGGCUUGGAAAGCUGCGUUAGUUCGAGCUGGGGUGUUUCAUGAUCCAUCUGCGAAAUCCGAAGAACAGAAUGAUGAUGGUGAUUUGAAUAAAACAGCAGCUGAUCCUAAACUUGAAAGACAAGUGGAAAUUAUACGUAAUCUAGUAGACUCCUACAUGAAAAUUGUUACUAAAACACAACGUGAUAUGGUUCCGAAAAUAAUUAUGCAUCAAUUAAUUAAUGAGAUCAAAACUUUUCUAAAAGGUGAUCUCUUGCCUGGAUUGUAUUCACAAGAUCCUAAUAAUCUUAUGGAAGAGUCAUCAGCUGAGAAAAAGCAUCGUGAAGAAAUGAUACGUAUGUACGAUUCAAUACGUGAAGCAUUAUCUGUUAUAUCGGAUGUCAUAGCCAAUACCCAUAGUGUUCCAUUACCUCCGCCUGUCAAUGAUGAUUGGAUUGAAACAGAAUCAUCCACUGGACAAAGUAAUGUUCGUCGACCUCUUCCUUCUAGUAACACAUCUUAUUCCGGUCAUUAUGGUUCUUCUACGACUACACCAAGAGCUUUAAGCCCUAAUAAUCUAUCAUCAGCUUCCAAUCGUCCUAUACCUUCAAGACCAGCACCAAAUUUACCUGUACGUCAUACUUUGAAUCCUCCAACAAUUGUAACUACAGCCCCUGGUCAACUCCCUGCUCCACUUAUUCCUCAACGUAUGCCACAAUUCAAUAAUGGUCUUUCUCAAAGUGCAAGUACUGGUAACCUUCCGGGUACAUUAUCUUCCGGUGGUAUUAGUGGAAAUAUAUUUAUGACUUCUAGUCCUUCGAAUGGUGCGACAUCGAAUACCACUCAUUCGACUAAUGCACCAUGGGUUUCAUUUGAUCCCCUAUUUAAUCAAUCUAGUUCAACAGCACCACCGAUUCCACCGCCCAAAUUAACGUCGUUAUCUGGUAAUCUUGGUCAUCCAAGUAUACCAGAACGUCCAGGUAAUAUUGGCAUACCUCGCAUUCCUCCUCGACCGACUUCGUAAAUCAGUUUGCUAUUUGUUUGUUUGUUUGUUUGUUUGUUCUUAUCUGUGGAUAUUAUUUACACAUGCAAAUUCCAGGUUGAUUUCAUUCAAAGUAUUUCUUGCUCAUUUUUCACAAACUGAUUUGUUUUUUUUUUACAACUAACAUUAUAUCUGUCUCAUAUUGUUUUUACUACGGUAAGCGUUUGUGUGGUGAUGUAUCAUAUUGUCAGUGUUCAACAAGGUGAUGACAAUUUCAUUCAGUUCCUUUUUGUUUGUUUGUUCAUAUCAUUGUUGAUUUUUGGUGAUUGUGAACUUCCACUUUCAUUAUAAGAGAACCAAAUAUUAGCCGAUAACGGUAUUCGUCGGUCGAUCUCUCCUUCUCUCUUUCUCUCUCUCUCUCUGUGUUUGUAUGUGUACGUUUGUCAUACGCCCUUUCGUCAUAUUCACCUACAUUUAAGUGUAUCUUAACACUCAGAAUAUUAAACAUA